UUUAAAUAUAUAUUUUUCCUUUUACUUCAACCCUAAAAAGAAAUACCUAAAAAAGAAAGUUUCCGGUUUUCUGAAUUUGGCGCAAGAUCCACUUCCAUUUCUUCCUCUCUCUCCUUCAUCGUCUUCCAUAUCUCUACUCCCAACUAGAUCAAUUUGGCCCUCCACGCCGCGGCCGACGCUUUUAUUCUUUCACGACUUCUGGCUCUGCUGUGCUCUUUUUUCUUUCUUUGACGAGCGUAAGAGAAAUAUGGGAGAAGGAGAAAUCCUAGAACAAAGAAGAUCCCUGUCAGCUCCUCUCAUCUUCUUCAUUGUCAUUUUCUUCCAAUUUGCCACCAAACGGCUCCAAGAUUUAAAGAAGGGAGCAUCCAAGACUGACAGGGAAAUUCAGCUUCGUGGAGAGAUUAAGCGGCUUUUGAAAGAGGCUGCCUCCUUUUCGCAGCCGUCUACAUUUGCACAAGCAGCUAAGCUUAGGAGGUUGGCUGCUGCCAAGGAGAAGGAACUUGCAAAUUAUCAGGCACAACAAAGCAAAGAGGUGAAGCUGUCAUUUGAUUUGUAUCUGAAAGUUUUAUUCAUCUUAAAGGUCGUAACUCAUGUUGUGCUAAUCUUCUGGUUUUGGAGGUCUCCCAUUGCUUCUGUGUCUCAGCAAUUUGUGCAACCCUUUGGAAAGGUGUUAUCCUGGAAGACUGGGGGUUCUUUAAACAACAAUGUCAUGAUGGAGGUUGGGAUCAUACCCUGGUUGAUAUUGUGUACCAGGGUUAGCAAGUUUGUCUGUCGACUCGUCAAAUAGAACAAGGGGCUUAUCUAACAAUAUGCUUUUGGAUGUUUGCUCUGCGUGAUGUAGUUUUGAUUUUGAAGUUGUGAAUUAAAAUCUAUUGUAAAAUUCAUUCAUUUUAUUUAUCAAGAAACAGAAGUGAUAAAAUUUUGAUGUGUCUUUUUGGUCAUUUUCGUAUGUUUUUAAUUUCAAUUUUAUUGUUGGUUCAAACAUGAAAACUAUGAAAUAAAUAUACAUGGUUUGAUUAUUUUCCUUUUACCCUUUUUUCAUUUAUUAAUUAAUUCCGUCUGUAUUCUUAUUUUCCUCUAGUCUUCUUCCAUUUUAAAUAUUGAAAUCUUCAGAGCUAGACGCUACCUCUCUUUGCAUUUUCUGAAUACUGACUAGUAGGAGUAUUCCUUUUUAAAUUUAUUAUUUUAAUUAAAUAAAAAAAAAAGAGUUCAUUUCAUUGGAGAAUUGGAAUAGCUGUUAAUCUGUUACAACCGUCUGUCUGUCUCUGUCUGUGUCUGCCAACUUGUUCGGAGUAAAUUUUGGGCCGUCGUUCGUUCAAAUUUGAAAAGGCCCAGCUCGACAUGCAUAUUUUUUUGGAUUGAAAAUCCAAUGUUUCAAUCAUGUUUGUUCUUAACACCGCCGCCCCUCAAUUUUUAGACCGGCGUCUGAAAUUACUCAUCAACAGCUUUUAAGAUUUAGCUCUCUCAUUUUUCUUUUUGGCUUACUGUUUUCUUUCCCUUUCUAACUCCAAACAAAAUCACACCAUCUUGUCUGAAUUAUUAUAAUAUCAGUGUGGGUAUAUAAGGAUUUGAAAGUGGUUACUUUCCUUCAUUGU